UUUUAUAGAGGAGAAUAGUACCAUGUCUAUAUAUUUUUUCCUCUUCUUUCUCCUAAGCCUUUCCACAGCCCAGGACGAUUGCAGUACUACAAAAACAUGCUCCGAUCACGGUCCACCAAUCCACUUCCCAUUCCGUCUAAAGAACCACCACCCACAACACUGCGGCUACCACGGCUUCGACCUCUCUUGCUCUCCAAACAACAACGCCACCGUUCUCGACCUCCCUAAUUCGGUCAAAGUUCUAGUCACCCACAUCGAUUACAAAUCCCGACUGAUUCAGAUUAAAGACCCAAACAGCUGCUUCCCACAACAGCUUCAAAACCUCCAUUUGUCCGCCACUCCCUUUCAAUUUGCAAAUUUCACGUACAAUUUUAGUUUAUUCAGUUGCCCUUCAACGAAACUGGGCUUUUCGUUUUCCGUCACUUGCUUCAGUGGCGGUCCUGAAGUAUAUGCCGAGUAUGGUGAGGGGGGUAUCUAUUAUUACUAUGAUCUGCCCAAGAUGCUAUCUUGCAGAAAGAUGUAUGAUUUGUCGGUUCCGAUCGAGGCGUUUCAUCAAGCUGAUCUGCAAUUGAAAUGGCACCACCGAGUUGAAGGUCAUGGCUUGGAGAUUGCAUGUGUGACUUUAGGCUCAUUUUUGCUUCUUGUAAUCUUCAUUGCAAUGUAUUGGUUCUAUAGACAAAAGAAAAUAAAGAGAAAGGAUCAUCUAAAGAUUGAGAGGUUCAUGGAGGAUUAUAGAGCUUUGAAGCCGGCAAGAUACUCUUAUGCCGAUAUUAAGAAAAUUACAAACCAAUUCAAGGACAAAGUAGGCCAAGGAGGAUAUGGAACAGUGUAUAGGGGACAACUUUCCAAUGAUGUUUAUGUUGCGGUUAAGAUCCUCAAUAGCACUAAGGGAAAUGGAGAAGAGUUCAUCAACGAAGUGGGAAUAAUUGGUACAAUCCACCAUGUCAAUGUGGUUCGCCUGGUUGGAUAUUGUGCUGAUGGAUUCAGAAGAGCUCUUAUUUACGAGUUCUUACCAAAUGAUUCGUUGGAAAAGUUUGCAUCAUCUGAUCGCGACAAUCGUUUACUUGGUUGGAAAAAGCUGCUAGAAAUUGCUAUGGGCAUAGCCAAAGGAAUUGAGUAUCUUCACCAAGGGUGUGACCAACAAAUCCUUCAUUUCGAUAUUAAACCACAUAACAUCUUGUUGGACGAGAACUUGAAUCCGAAGAUAACAGAUUUUGGUCUAGCUAAAUUGUGUUCUAAGGAACAAAGUGUUGUAUCCAUGACUACUGCUCGCGGUACCAUUGGCUAUAUUGCACCAGAAGUGUUCUCAAGGAACUUUGGGAAUGUGUCAUACAAAUCAGAUAUUUAUAGUUUUGGAAUGUUGUUGCUUGAAAUGGUAGGAGGAAAAAAGAAUUUCAAUGUAAUGGUCAAUAGCACUAACCAAAUUUAUUUUCCUGAAUGGAUUUACAAUCGUUUGGAUAGUGGAGAAGAGCUAGGAAUUCAUAUUCAAGAUGAAGGAGAUGCCAAGAUGGCAAAAAAGUUGGCAAUCGUAGGACUUUGGUGCAUUCAAUAGUACCCAGUCGACAGACCUUCAAUGCAUGGUGUGAUUCAAAUGUUGGAAGGAGAUGGAGACACUCUGAUCAAGCCUCCCAAUCCGUUUGCCUCUACAAAUCCAACUUUGGCCACGGGUCAGGCAAGUGGAAGGCCUUUUAACAGUGAGUUGGAAGUUAUUGUUGAAUCCGAGUGAGAAAGAUAAAACCACUAUCUUUUUCAUCAAUUGAUACGCGACACCGUGAGAUAUUAAUGUACCGAUGUAUAUCCUUACCAUAAAGCUUCUGUUGUGCUUUGAGUAAGUGAUUUGCCUCCAAUGUACUGGUAUUAGAAGAUCACGCCCAAUUCGUAACGUUACUUUUAUCGUCUUUUCUAGAGUUAUUGAUGGGAUUUCUAUCCCUUCGUUGUAGUCGUCCAUGGUAGCUAAGAAACAUUUUGUACCGUAACAAAAACAAAGACUUUUGCAGAUUAACGCUUGUGGUAUAGCUGUUUGGAAAUUUAUUGGAAAUAUUGCUGAUAAAUCUCGUUCUUGUGGUCAAAUUGAAUGAUACCAUCCAGAGAUUAUUAAAUUUGCAAGAAACUAGAGACAUUGAUCACUUAACAGGUCUGCUUUCCCUUUCGUCAUUCUAUCAAUUUUUUCUUUCUUUCUUUCUUUUCUUAACACAUGCAAUGAUCUCUAGCAAGUCAUUAAGUACUUCAAUUACACUUAACAAGAAGGCAAAACAAAAAUAAAAAACCAAAAUCUACACAGCUUGAGCCCGCAGAGACCGAUCAGGAGAGUUCCUACAGACUGAACAAGGAGCAUUUGUGCGAAGCCAUUCAUUGAUGCAAUUGGCGUGGAAGCAAUGCCUACAUUUGGGUUUGCUCCUCAGCAUUUCCUUGGGCCUGUACUGAGAACGAGAAAUUUUCAUGCAUGGUGACAAGAAAGUGAAUGGUUUAAAUCUGUUGACGGUUCAUAUUUUGGAAUGAGUCGAAAAGGCAGCAAAAAACGUCUUUGUUGGCAUGAAAAUGCCUCAAUUGGCAUAUUUCAAUUUUGAUAAAUCCAGCAUCUACAAAUUCGCUUCAGUAUUUUUGGUAACAAAAUGAAGACAUUGAAUUGUAAAACAGGUUUUGGUUGCAAUCAAUGCAAUAUGUAUUUACCUCCGAAAUCUACAAUAUGAAGAAGAUUGCAGUUAAAAAUUUAGCAGCCGAGACCUUCAAAACUGGAAGAAUGAAAUUGUCUUGCUCAAGAAACGGUCAUCACCAGUAAUCAUUGCAGGAGCAGAUCCCAUUUUUGAAAUGGUGAAACCGGUUAGAAUCCCUCAAAACAAUUUCUCUCUCCUUUACCAUCGAUAUGUACUUCAUAGCAUUAUGGCAAUCUCCACACACGCGUAGAUUCUUAAAUACAGUAAUACGCUUAGGUUUUGACGUGUUAAUAAGACCAAAUGUCACGGCAAUUUUCUCACUAUGUUGCAGCAGAAAUUCCUCCCUCUGUUCAUCCUCAACAUCUUGAAGAACAGAGCUUGUAUCAGGGACAUAACCCACCUCCUUUAUCUCGGUAACCAAUUGAUCAAGUUCUUUGUAUAUUUCCUCUGCUUGGGAAUGGGAUGUAUCUCCCACGUGAAACUUAUGCACCGUAUUUUCUAUCUCUAUCCAGCUACUGCCAGC